AAACCAGCUGCUGCUAUUGUCUGUUAACUAGGCAAGUUCACUUAUUUAUAAAAUCCUCUUCAAUGUCGCACAUUUCACAUGUGGCCCCGCCUCCACCACCACCGCCCAUGAUGAGGAGUCCUGAGACACCUGCUGCAGCAAAAGAACUUCCAAUUGAAGUCAAUAUUACCACCGAUGAGUGCAGUUGGGCCUGGGAGUACCCGGAGCUGCAAAAAGGAUGUUACCUCAGUCGUGUCUGCCAAUUUGCCCCACCGAAGCACUGUCAGUACUACCCCGUAAAAAGUAUUUUGCAGGUUGGCCCCACUUGUGGCCUAGUGGCCUUAAGCAUGUUGCUCAAUGGUCAUCCUCCAGCAGCUGAUCUUCUCAAGGACGCCAUUGCCCAGGAGUACACCUUAAAUGGCGAGCUUUUCAGUGCUCAAUAUUUAUUCGAUCUCACUCGAAAACAUAUGACAGGGCCUGGUGCAUGUCAGCUGCAUGUGGGCCCCCUCAACUGCAAGAAAGUCAGAGAACUAUUAAAGGUUGGAGGCUGCCUGAUAGUUCCUUACGAUGCCGAUGUAAACCAUGCUCCAUGCCUGAAAUCCGGACACCGAGCUCAUUGGGCUUUGAUUGUGGGCUACCUGGUGGAUCAACAGGAUCGGUCCUAUGUCCUGGCACGUCAUGGCAAGACCAGGAAUCUGGCAGUUUGGUCACUGGACACGCUCAGCGAGAGCAACGCCAAUUUGGUGGAGUUUGCCCAACCCAAGGGCUAUCCGGAUAAUGACUUUCUGCAGCCACCAGGUGGUAUCGGUGGAUCCCUGGGCCUCAACGAACGCUGCAUCUUGAUCAACGGCCUGCCACAGCAGGCGAUUCAUAUUCGCUGCCCUUAGAUACACAUUUUACAUGUGCUCAAUAAAGAAGACUUGACAAUUU